UGGGAGGUCUGCUGGUUUUUUGACUCAGCACUUCAUACCGGGAGCUGGUUCAAUGAAGUUGUGAAGAGCGCGCGCCCUGUUGCAACUCCUCGCGACUUUAAGCGAACUCCUCUUUCGGGACGUAGCUCGCGCGCGUCUCCGCAACGCAUCAUCUGGAGUAUCUCCGCGCUCGCGACUCUCUAAUUUGCGCCCGUGUCCGCUCCAAAUCACGCAGUGAAAAGCGUGUCAUCUUCGCGGCAGCCUACAAUGGACGACGGUAACAACGUCCUGCCCGAGCUGAAGGAUAUAGAGACGAAGCUGGGUCGAAAAGUCCCGGAGAGUCUCAUUCGGUCUCUCGUGGGAGGAAAACAUCACGACGAGCACGAGAAGUCGGCGGCGCCGCAUUUAACGAACUGCAAAUGUUGUAGUAAUUCUGCGGACCUGAGACGACUGGGGAACAAAAUGCUGCUCCUGAAACAAGAAAUGGCACAUCUGCGAGCCAUUGACGUGAAGCUGAUGCAGCAGCUUAUGUCGAUCAACGAGGGCAUCGAAUCCAUCCGCUGGAUGAUCGAAGACAAAGGAGGCGUGGCCAGCCAAGACGGCAGCCUGACGGGCAGCUUGUACAGCCUGUCAGACAGCCAGGACGGUACCUCGCUGCGAGGCAGCUUCAACAGCUUGAACGACGGCAACAGCGAUGGGCUGGAUGGUCUGUCUGUGGGUAGCUACUUAGACACUCUAGCAGAGGACCUCUCGGACAACCCCUCACCCACGGAUCUGGACUUUGUGGAUAAAACAGUCAUUGACGGUGAUGGUUUCAGCAAAUCGCCGCUGAAGCUAAGGGUGGAAUCAGAUGAAUACUACUGCUUUGGAUAGUGAUAAGUUAAAUGUGGUGGUUCCAGACGCUACUGAGAAGAAAGAUUUUUUGUGAAGAAAGAUUUCAAAAAGAAAUUGACAAAUUAACACAGCUGUAAGAUUAUUUUUCCUACAUGCUUUACAUUUUUCUUAUUAUAGCAACAGCCAGGAUGUUGGCAAGACUUACCAAAUAACUCAUGUUUUUACCUUGAAACCAGCCUCCUUAUGUUGCAGAUUGAAAACACCUCAUGAAACCAUUGCCACUUAAACAUCUUAACAUUUUUCUAUGUCUUAAUAUUUUAUCAUGCAGGUCAAUUAAACUGAAAAGGUGCUCUAUUGUGAUUAAAGACUGUAUUUUUAGUGGAGUCAUCUAAUACCUCUGCCAUUUUUCACAGUUGAGUACUUCCUGGACUAAAAUUGCGGAAGUUUCUUCUUUAUCUGUGGAAAGUUCAACUUAGACUUGAGGUCAACCACAAUCAGCUGAUCUAAGUAAAAGCGUAGAUUAGGAUUCAGCAGCCAUUUGGAAAAUUGUACAUUUCAUGCUGAGUGAUUCAAUAAGGGAAGAAUAUUUAAAGUGGCAAAGUGGUGAGUUAAAGUGUUACAGCAAGUGCAAUUUGCUUCCAUGCCAAUUUCUGAGCACCACCUACUGUAAAUGUUAAGCUUUUAAUCAUUUUUCUCUCGUGUUCUGACUGAUGGAUGUUGCGAAGCUCAACCCCACACUGCGAGAGUAGAACUUGCAUGUAAACACAAGAGAUGAGUGACACAUUCAAAGCACAGAUGCUUGACUGAAAGCCAAAGCAAUUUGAUUGUCUUACAGUUAAUUUAGGCCUGAGGCAGAAGCCUGUCAGCACCAGAUGGGAGAUUUGUGAUGGUGGACAUAUGUGAAACACGUGUUUGAUGUGUGGGCGCAUUAUAAUUCUCUGUUGCCAAAGGAAAAAGAUAGUGUAAUGAGACCUAUACAUUGCUCUACAUCCAUGUGUUGUUUUUAGCUUUGAACUCUGUAUGUUGAUUUGUUUGACAUUUGCAUUUUAUGCCUCCUGCUUUUAAAAGACAAACAUCGUUUUAUUGAUUGCUGUUAAUUUUGUUGUGGAAAUGAAAUAAUAUAUUGUGAUUUUCCUCUCGCUCA